AUGGAUGACACAUCAGCAGCACCCCCGGCUACCGAUGCCGCCUCCUACCUUGAUCUCGCUAUCACUCUCUCCCUCCACAACUGGCCCGCCCUCUCACUAGCCGUGCAAUCAAACUGGGGUGGCCCAACCUCAGGCGACAAGCGGGACUGGCUAUGCGGCGCAAUCUCAGAGAUGUUCACCGAGCGACCCGAGACAGACGCCAUUGAUCUCGAGGACAUCCUGAUUCAGGUCAUGAAUGACGAGUUCGACGUCGUGGUUGAUGAUGAGAGUGCUGGAAAUGUUGCGGACCAGAUUAUGGAAUUGAAGAUGCACACGGAUCGCGGCGAUUUCGCUCCUAUUCAACAUAUGUGGGAGGCUUGGCAGAAGAAGAGUCAGUCCAAGCCUGCUGAUGGGCAAUUCCAGAAGGUUGAGGAUGAGGAUCAGGAGACUGAUGGGGAUGACAGUGAGGAGGAUGUUGAUAUGGAUGAUGCGCCUUCUUUGGUGCGGGCUCCUAGGGAGAGGGUUGAGCCUGAGAUUGAUGAUGAUGGGUUUACGAAGGUUGUUGGAAAGAGGCGGUAA